UCAAUUUAUUCGAUUAAUCUUACAUAUGAUUUACAGGUGUUGGUGUUUUUGUUCAAUUGUCAAUAAAAAAUGGUGAAUUAAAUAAUGAAUUUGAAGGUAUUUUGUGAAUGAUUUCGUGAUCGGACCACGUCAAAAUGAAGUUCUAACCGUGGACACUGUCUUGGAUCCUACAUAUCAACGAUAAAAGCCAGAAUCGAUGCAAGUAAAUCCAUCUGUGAAACAAUUCGCUAACAAUGGCGUUUUCACUGCGAAAGAUGUUUUCAAACAUUACCUAUUUCAAAAAAUCCGAAAAUCCUGAACAUUCAAAGAUACGUCGAGACACAUACGUUGUAGACGAACCUUUUGUAAUCCAUUACGAAGCUACAGAACCCGAUUCAACUUCUAGACAAUGCACGAGUUUAAACCUUCCCGAUACCGUGAAAAAUUUCGCCGCCAAAAAAGGUUCUUUAUCGGAUACAGACUUGUUAAAGAGCACUGAAAAUCCUAUACGCAAGCGUAAGAGCAAAAAACUUAAAGUGAAUAUUGAAAAGGCAACAAGCCAUUCAAUGAAUACAUUAAGUUAUGAUAGCAAUGUUGAGAAUACCCCAAAACAUGUGCAUCUAGAGUGUAAAAGCUCAGAUGCCUUCAGCGAGAAGUUUAGAAGCUUGGAUUUCAAUAAAUCAUUUCAUUUGAUUGAUGCAAUGUCUGAUGAUCCUUCGUCAUCACCUUUUGAGGAAGAGUUUGAAAUUGAAUCGCUGUCGGGUCAUUCAGACUCUGAUAUAUCUGUACUUUCAAAUAAAUCAUCGAUUAAGAUGUGUAGGAAGAUAACGGAAAGUCAAUCUAGUGAUGACAAACAUAUCGCUCCAUCCGUUAGUAUCGAAUCAUUCUCGGACAUUGAACUUGACAAGAAUGAAGAAGAGAGAGUCAGAUUGCUUGUCGACUAUGAAACGAAGUUAGAAAAGUUGGAAUUAUUCAUGAAGAAAUUACUCAGCGAGUUCCAAUUCCACAUCGAGGUAUCCAAAGUUUUUAAUUCUCGGUCAGCUUGUAUUCCGGGCAAAGCGGAAAAUAUUCCACAAAUGCUGCACGAGUUUAUGUACAAUAGCACAAACAAACCGAGUCUAUCAGAUUCCUGGAAUGUUAUUUUGGAAAAGGAAGAUAACGUAACAAAAUAUAAAGUCAAGAAACAUUUGUUAUCCAUGAAACAGUUUAUCGAUGAAUUUGUGCGUUUGAAUUUGCAAAAUUCUGAAAACUCUGACGCAGACUCCAAACAGUCCCGGCCUGUCAAGAAAUGUAAACGGUAUGUACCGAAGCAUGUACGGAUAAGUCAUAAGAAGAAAAUGAAACAUUUCGACUUUCCAGAUCUUAGGGAAGCAAUGUUGAAUCUUUUCAAUGAAAACGUAACUCCACAUGAUUCAACCACUGAUAUAAGUUCAUCUGACGAAUCAGACAUGUCGAAAUGUACGUGUAAAUGUCACAGUACAUCCUCCGAGACCGAGUCGGAGUCCUCUCCGAGUACAAAUGAUCAAUCUACGUCAAUAACAUCUUCUAUCGGCAACUUUACUCUUGAUAUGUCAGAGUUAACAGCGUAUUCGGAAUCUCUCGAUCGAAUCGUGAGCUACAAUAGCUUCCAAGAUACCAGUUUAUACAACACAUUGCUUCAAAAGGCUGCAAUCGAACGUAUAUCAUUCUACGUUCAAGUUCAUAGCAUACAGUUGAAGUCUGAAGAAGUAAACCAAGACGGAGAUAUGAAGAGUACAUUGACAUUCCACUGUCCGUCGUGCAAAGAUGUUCAAACAGAAGAAAAUGGGUUAUUGAGACACAUUCUAAGUCCGUUGCAUUGUGAGAAGAUCCAUUUUCUGUAUAAAACUGCGUAUAUAAAGAAAUGUGUUGCAGCUGGUAAGGAAAUUCAGCCGAGUACGGUGUUGAACCCCAUGACAAUGUACAGAGAUGAUAAUAAGAUUGUUUGUUUUGGUGAUGCGUUGUAUGCUUGUACGUUGUGUUUCGAGAAUUUGAUUGUUGGGGAGUAUGUACUCAUGAAACAUUGUUGCGAACCUCAGCAUAUUGAGAGGAAGGAGAAAUUGGCUGAUAUAAUUGGUUAGUGAGACUCCUAUAGCACUAAUGAAUCAAUUUAUCUACCACUGCUGGGUACAAAUACUGAAAUUUUUUUGCUGGAGUUAGUUGUUUUUGAGAAUGUGAACUGCCAUACAGUCCUCAUCCAGCCACUUCCCACCAUCAUUUUAAAGUACACUAGCACAAACAAACCGAGUCCAUCAGAUUCCUGGAAUGUUAUUUUGGAAAAGGAAAAUAACGAAACAAAGUAUAAAGUCAAAAAACAUUUAUUAUCCAUGAAACAGUUUAUCGAUGAAUUUGUGCGUUUGAAUUUGCAAAAUUCUGAAAACUCUGAUGUAGAUUCCAAAACGUUGUUUUAGAAAGUGUGAACUACCAUACAGUCCUCAUCCAGCCACUUCCCACCAUCAUUUUAACGUACACUAGCACUAACAAACCGAGUCUAUCAGAUUCCUGGAAUGUUAUUUUGGAAAAGGAAAAUAACGAAACAAAAUAUAAGUCAAAAAACAUUUAUUAACUUUGAAACAGUUUAUUGAUGAAUUUGUGCGUUUGAAUUUGCAAAAUUCUGAAAACUCUGAUGUAGAUUCCAAAACGUUGUUUUUGAAAGUUUAAACUACACACACACACACACACUUUUCUAAAUCCCCUGGGAACUUUUCCCAGGAUAAAAAAUUGCCUAUGUGCUAAGUCAAAGUAUAAGCUAUCUACUUUUCAAACAGCCAAAUCUGUCCAGUAGUUCUUUAGUGAAAGAAUAACAAACAUACACACACACACACGAACACACACACACACACACACUCACACUUCUUAUCCAGCCACUUCCCUCCAUCAUUUUAAAGUCAUCUCAUUGGAUUUGCUGGUUCAAAUUCUCCUCCAUAACACAUCUGUACCAGCACCCAUUGGUUCACAGAAAGACAUCUACCCACUGCCAUGUCUACUAAAUAAUAUAAGGUUUGUGAUUUUAAUUACUUAAUUGCUAUCAAGUCAGUACUUAAAGGUGCUAUAAAAUCUUAUUUAUAAUUGCUUGAAGUAAAAUUAUGUUUAUCAAUACAAAUUUACUAUGAAUUUUUUGAAUGGUGAAGUCAUUAAUUUUUUUUUAACGUAAAAUAUAGCUUACACUAUUUUUAUAGUCUCACAAAAAUACUCAAUGGUUCAAAGAAUUAUAGUCAGAACGAAAACCAUAAUGUUCCCACUCGAAGCUUAUUCCCUUUUUUUUUUUUAAAUAUCUUGGGGGCAGGCAAAGAUCAAUGACUAUAGCUACAGCCUAUUAAAUCGUAGCCUUAAGCUUAAGAAGGAAAAGGUUGAGUUAUUUUCAAUUACAUAUUUUGCUAAUAUUAUGCUUAAUAUUUUUUUUUUAUUGUCAUUUUCUAGGGUUUUGUAUAUCUAGAGAAAAAAAGGUACUAUAAGGGUUCUGUGUCUGUUUGUCCGUCUGUCAAGAGCCAUCAAGGGUAUCAAAACCCAUAUAGAACUUCCCGUUGACCUAGAAUCAUGAAAGGCAGGCGGUAAUGCUCACAAGAAAAAAGAAAAUCCGAAAACAAAAAUUAUAGUGUUAUUU